CAGACUGAGUGAUCAGAUUAGCUCCCACUCCGCCUCACUGAAUGCGUCGGUUCUGUUCCAGCAGAUGGUUUUUUCAGUCUUUUCUUCAUCAUUAUCACAGCUUCAGUUCUACCACCGGCACUCAGGAUGAUGCUGAAUGACCGAUGGACAAUCAUGAACAACAGCAGCUCCGAGCUUGACAGCAAACGACCAAACACACAAAAGAAAUGCUGCAGCUUUGUGUUAUGGACUGUCAUCUCUGUGCUUGGCAUAGCAACUGUAAUUAUGACAACUGUCAUCAUCCUGUACCUGAGCCAGUACCCACUUCCUUUCGUCAACAGGGGUGGUGUCUCCUCCUCCUCGCCUGUAAUUUCAACCAACCCUAAAGAGUCUGUUGCCCUGGUGACAGUGUCUCGUGUCACAGCUGGUGAGCCAAUCAACAUCUUCUUGGACCCAAACUGUCCAGACUACAGUGAGAACCUUCUACGCUGGGAGGCGCUACAGAGCUCACUGCUACAGGCACUGACUAAUCACAAUGCAGAUGACUGGCAGGAGAAGGGACUGCUACAGAAGGUGGCAGAGGAAUUAAAAGUACUUGUUGGCCAUGCCCACAACCUGAGGCUGGAGUCUGAUUCACUUAAAAGAAGUCAAGGUGUUCUGGACCAUAAGCUGGAUGGACUGCAGAGUGAACAGCGCAGCAUCAUACAGGUGUUGUCUGACAGUCACUCCGGUGUGCUGAAGGUGGCUGCAAGUUUCAGUGACUCUCUGCUCAGCCUGCAGAGUGAAACAGAGAGUGUGAGAAAGCUGAAGAGUGAAUUGCAAAAAGUCAAUAAUAACAGAGCCAUAGGACCCAGAGACUGCAGCGAUGUCAUGGCAUCCGGUGUUUUUGAGGACGGAGUUUAUUCUGUGUUUCCAGUUCAUGACCCUAACGGCUUCAUGGUUUACUGUGACAUGACGACUGAUGGAGGAGGCUGGACGGUGAUCCAAAGGAGGGAGGAUGGUUCUGUGAACUUUUUCCGGGACUGGGAGGCAUACAGAGACGGCUUCGGACAGACGACAGGAGAGCACUGGCUCGGUUUACACAGGAUGUACUCUUUCACCAGGUUGGGAGGCUAUGAGUUACGUAUAGAUAUGGCUGACUUCGACAAUGCCACAGCCUUCGCUCAUUACGCAGAAUUCUCUGUUGGCCAGGACUCUGUGAACCCAGAUGAAGAUGGGUACCCGCUAAGCGUGGACAAGUACUCUGGGACUGCAGGUGAUUCCCUGUUGAAGCACUCUGGGAUGCAGUUCACCACCAAAGAUCGGGACAAUGACCAAUCAGAGAACAACUGUGCAGCAUACUACCAGGGUGCAUGGUGGUACCGAAACUGCCACACCUCCAACCUGAAUGGCCAGUACCUGAGGGGAGGCCACGCCUCCUAUGCUGAUGGGGUUGAAUGGUCCAGCUGGACCGGCUGGCAGUACUCACUCCGUUUCACUGAGAUGAAGAUACGUCCACAUGCCAGACCACAGUCCUGAUCCUCACAGACCUGAACUUAAACUGGACCUUUGACAAAAAAAAACCCUGAUCUAAAUCAGGCCCUGUUUUUGGUAAGAUUGCGACUUCACCAUAACUAUGACACCUGGACCUGAAGGGCCAGGGUCUGUAUAGUGUGAAAUCAGAACAAAGCUUCUAAAUUUGGUUUAAGUAUUAAAUUACUUGAGUCUUUUAUUUUCAAAAUCUGCUGUAUCACAUUUCCAAAGUGUAGAAAUACUUGAUGAUAGUACUGAUAGUAAUUUUAAAAAUCCUGUUGCUGUUCACACACAUAAUAUAUCAUAUGACUUGUUGGGGUAUGAGCUUAAAGUAACUAAAACUAAUAAGCCAACUAAUGUAUUACUACUGCUGUAGUGAGGUAUUUGGGUACUUAGUUACUGUAUUCCAAUCAGCUAGUAUUUCAGGUUGCUCUCUGGUUAAUAAUUAGUUACUUGAUAAUGAGAUGUCACAAAAAUACCUCCAUGAAAUGUAUGUUGUUUAUUUUUCUUAUUAUGUAAACGUAUUAACUUUCACACCCUGACUGCCGGUCCUCCAUACACCUUGUAAUUUUUAUAUAGAAGAGGUGAAACACAACAUAAGAUUUUUGGCUUAGAAGUGAAAUACUUCACCUCUGACCUCUGGCAUUGACCAUACACUAAGUCUAAGCCCUGGGGAGUCAUCUGACUCUUUGUUUUAUACAUUGUGAGCAUUUAUAUUGUGAAGAGUUUGAUUUACUUGUUUGUUAUCCUAACUUGUAAUUUAUUUGCUUGAAUGUCUUACUUAAGAUCUGUUGUGCUAAAUGAUCUCAUGAGUCAUAACUGACUAAAGUAAAAAAAUAAAUUUAUUAAACUAAAUUGAAUGUCUCAUU